AUGAGCCUCAACAACCGCGUGGCAGCGUACCUCCCGGCCAUCGUGCGCAGGUACCUCGAGACGCGCGACGAGAGGCUGCCCGUCCCGGCGACGCACUCGCUCAAGGUCGUCUCCAUGUUCGCCGACGUCGCCGGCUUCACGGCCAUGACCGAGUCGCUUGCCGUGCGGGGCGGCCCCGUCGGCGCCGAGUCCUUGAGCAAGCACCUCAACGCGUACUUUCAGCAGCUCGUGCGCUUCAUCACUGGCGCAGGCGGCGACGUCUUCAAGUUUGCCGGCGAUGCGCUCAUCGUGCUAUGGCCUGAAAACAAAGAAGACACGAUCGAAAGCCUCGUGCGGCGCUGCAUCCAGUGCGCACUCGGCAUCCAGGAGAAACUGCAUCAGGCCAAGCUCGCGCCCGACGUUGAGCUCAGCAUCAAGAUUGGCAUCGGCGUCGGUCGCGCGACCGUCGUGCACCUCGGCGGCGAGUCGGACGGCGCGACGCCGCGCAUGGAGUACGUCGGCGUCGGGCCCGCGCUCGUGCAAGCGUUCACCGCCGAGCACCACGCGCUCGCUGGCGACGUCAUCGUGUCGCCCGAGUGCUGGGCCAUGGUCGCCCCCAACUUUACAGGCCGCGACCUCCCCGACGGCUUUUGCAAGGUGCAAUCCGUCGUGCAUCCCGUCAAAGUGUGCAGCCGGCGCACGUCCAUCACGCGCGACGACGUCCAGCUCCAGCUGCACAUGCGCCAGUACGUCUCGCGCGCGGUGUGGCCCUACAUCGUCGCCGACGAAGAGACGUGGGCGUCCGAGCUCCGCGAGGUGACGGUGCUCUUUAUCAACCUCGGCUUCCAGGAAGCCGACUUGUCCCAGAUGCACGACACGGCGAGCGUGCACGCGCUGCACACGGCGUUUGCGGCCGUCCAGCGCUGUAUCUUUAGCUACGAAGGCACCGUCAACAAGUUCCUCGUCGACGACAAGGGCAGCACCGUCAUCGCCGUGUUUGGCCUCCCGCCCGUGAGCCAUGAGAACGACGCGGUGCGGGGCAUCCUCGCCGCCCUGGCGAUCCGCGCGGCCUUGGCGCCCCUCGGCCUCAAAGCCUCGGUCGGUAUUACGUCGGGCACGGCGUUUUGCGGGCUCGCCGGCCACCACGGGAACCGACGCGAGUAUACCGUCCUCGGCGACAUUGUGAACUUGGCGGCGCGGCUCAUGCAAAAGGUCAAGCUCGAGCACGGCGACUCGAGCGUCAUCACAGACGACAAAACCCGCGCGUGUGCCGAAGACGUCUUGCACUUUGAGAAGGCGCCCGAGAUCUUCGUCAAGGGCAAGCACGACCGCAUCCCGAUCCACCGACCGUACAUGCGCAUGUCCCUCAUGUCGCACAUCGUCGCGGCGCGCCGACCCGUGCACGCCUCGGCCGCCGUCACGCCGCUCCACGUGAUGCAAGACAUGUACAAGUGCCAGCUGCAGUACGCGCAGCGGCGGCUCAGUCGGCUCGCCGACGACAUUCGGCCGUCGAUUCCCGAGAGCCCGUCUGCGAUGGCGAUCCAAGCCCAGCUACUGGCCAAGAUUGGCCAGCUGAGCCCGGUAGCGGUCGCCGGUGCGCUUCUGGUGGAGGGCGACAUUGGCCUCGGCAAGUCGCGGCUCGUGCGCUCGACCCUCUCGCUGCUCCCGCCCGAAGCCAACGUCGUCGUUGUCUUUGCGACUGCGUCGCCGUUCCUCGCCGACAAGCCGUACGCGGUCUUCGCCGACAUUCUCACCAAGUGCCUUCCGCCCGAGACCGACAUGCAGACAUUUAUUGCCCAUGUCGUCGCCGAGGGCAUGGCCCCCAAUCGAACGCUACUGCGGCACCUCCACGAACUCAACGCAGUCUUGGAUGUGGCCUUUCCUGUACCGGUCGAGAGCUGUAGCAACAACAACAGCGACGACGACGACGACGACGAGACCGAAAACAACCACGAGACGGCCAAGAAAGGCCACGUGGACUUGCCGAGCUUCUUUUCGACGCUCUUUACAAACGACGUCUCGUCGCCCGAGACGACGUUGACACUGUGUGAAGACGAAGAGAGCGCGUGGGAGCCAGUGGCGCUCGAUAUGGCCGGCUGCCUCCUCCUCACGGCGCUGCAUGCGAUCUCGCGGCGACGGGGCCUCGUGCUCUGCUUGGACAACGCCAUGUACAUGGACGAACGGUCGUGGAUUCUCUCGAUUGCGCUCGCGAAGUACUUUACCAACUGCGUGGUUGUCGCGAUCUCACGGCCGCCGAGCCUCGCCGUGACGCAGCGCACGGCCAGCGGUGCCUUUCGCCAGCAGCUCCGGGCGCUUAAAGCACUGCCGUCCACGACAACGUGCGUCCUCGAGCGCAUGUCGCCGGCGCAGACCGAGUCGCUGGCCAAGCACAUCUUGUCGAUCCAGACCCUCGACCCGGAGCUCGCGACGCUCCUCGUCGGCCGCGCGCAAGGCAACCCGCUGUUUCUACACGAGAUUCUCAAAGAGAUGCAAGCGCACAAGUCGCUGCAGAUCCAGGCCAACGACGCGUCGUGCUCGCCGAUUGCGCAGGUCGCGUAUGGCGAGAAGAAGGAUGCGGAUCGGUGCUUCGAGUGCCACGACGCGCUGGGGGCCCACAAGGACAAGUUCCGCUGCAAGCACUGCGGCUUUGUCUUCUGCGCCCGGUGCACCCCCAAGGCAUGCUACAAAAAGCUGCAGGGCAGCGGCACCGACCAACACGUGCGGCACUGCCGGAGCUGCUAUGCGCUCACGCGCACGCGCCGACCCAGCAUGGAGCGUAGCGUGAGUGCGUCCAGCGUCGGUGGCAGCAGCGACAAGAAGCCGCGCAAGCUCAUGCUCUCCAAAGUCUUUUCAUCGUCGUCGUCGGCGAAAGAGAAUGCAACGACGCUGCCGCUCAAGUACCGGCUGGCGCUCACGCCGCCCCGCACCAUCAAAGCCGUGCUCACGACCCUUUUGGACCAGCUCACGGUGCCGCAGUGUCUCCUUCUCAAGACGGCGAGCAUCAUCGGCCAAGACUUUGACCUGCGAACGCUGCGCGCGAUCUACCCCAUCAAGGACGACGCCUUCGUGCGCGACGUCGACGAGCUCGAGCGGCUCGCGAUGCUGCGGCCCGUCGACGUCUUCAUCGGCGGCCUCUCGCCGUCGUCCAACCGAUCGCACACCGCCAAGUACGAAUUCUGCCACGGCUUCAUGGCCGACGUGCUCCGGAGUCUGCUCCUGAGUCCGCAGCUCGAUAAGCUCCACCUCAAGCUGGUCGAGUACCGCGAGGCGCAGCACAAGCUCGUGCGGCACCAGUACUUUGAGAAAGUCCAGGCGCACUCGCGAUCGCAGUCCGAGGCCACGGUCGUCCUCGACGGUCGCGGCAGCAACAUGCGGCUGCACGCGGGCCUCGUCCAGGUCAAGAAGACGUCGAGCCGGCUCCGGGCGCUGCAUCUUGGCGCGACCGAGUGGAAGAAGCGCAUGGCGCUCCUGCACACCAACCGCCUCCUCCUCCAGAGCGAGCCGAACCUGAGCGGCCGGUACACGACGAUCGAGCUCGCGGGCGCGCGCGUCACGGAAGGCGACGGCGGCAAGUACGCCAGCUUCCACAUUGACGUGCGCGAGUGGUCGCGCAACUCGACGAGCCCGUCGAGCAGCAGUGAGGUGCAGCCGCCGCGGACGUUCACGUUUGGCGUCAUGUCCGAGGCCGAGAUGAAGCACUGGGUGUACAUGUUGCGCUUCGCGAUCGAGUCGCUCGAGGACGAGGAUGGCGCAACUCAACGAUAG